GUUCAGUAGAAGUACCUUCCAUAAUUAAACUGUAGAAUCCAUAGUCUCAACAAAGCCGCAUUAUGAUGCACAACUCUAUUAGCGCUUGUUGAUUGGAGUGCAUCGGAUCGCGCUUAUUGACCUGCACUAAUGCAGCUGGAGCGCGCGAUGAAUCAGAGCGGCUCUCCGGGGCUCUCCACACACUGCCCUUAUCCCGCAGAGAGGGACUGAGGAAGACGAGCGCGCAGUAUCGAUGAAAUGCACAAUCGUUUAGCAGUCACCGUUUGCGCGUUAAAUGAGGAGAGUUUGGCUGUUUCUCACAAUUACGCACGAGGCGUUUCCGCGUAAUGGAUAAAGUUGUAGAUGCACCCUUGAAGCGGGAGCGCACCGACUGGAGUUCAGUGACGACGAUGAUGAUGAUGAAGGCACAGUUACGUGGCUGAGCCGACCUGUGCCUGAUAGCCUAUAUAAACCCCAUCCAGCAAGAGAAAGUCAACAAAACCCGUCCGGAUUCAGGACCCUCAAACACGCUCAACAAGUCCACGGAACGCGCGCGCCUGGAUUAUGAAGCGAGAACAAGCACUAAACAUCACAGAAUAGCCUUGUCUUUACGAUGCACGCAGACUUUCUCCAGAUGUAGCAGCCACUGCUCGGUUCGAAGCGAUGGAGUUGUUUGAUGCGGCGGUGAACGGCGUGUCUCACAGCGAGGAUCCGUUCUCCGGACCGCUCACAUCCAUCGCACCCUGGAACUACAGAGUCCUGGCGGCGCUGAUGUUCGUGGUGACCUCGGUGUCUCUGUGCGAGAACUUCACGGUGAUGCUGGUCACCUUCAGGUUCAAGCAGCUCCGGCAGCCGCUCAAUUAUAUCAUCGUCAAUUUAUCUCUGGCGGACUUUCUCGUGUCUCUGACCGGAGGAACGAUCAGUUUUCUGACCAACUUCCGCGGCUACUUCUUCUUGGGCAAAUGGGCUUGUGUUUUGGAGGGUUUCGCAGUCACCUUUUUUGGCAUCGUGGCUCUGUGGUCUCUGGCCGUCCUGGCGUUCGAGCGGUUCUUCGUCAUCUGUCGUCCGCUGGGGAACAUCCGUCUGCGAGGAAAACACGCAGCUCUGGGUCUGCUGUUCGUCUGGACCUUCUCCUUCAUCUGGACCAUUCCUCCUGUCCUGGGCUGGAGCAGCUACACCGUCAGCAAGAUCGGCACCACCUGCGAACCCAACUGGUAUUCGGGAAACUUCCAGGAUCACACCUUCAUCAUCACGUUCUUCACCACCUGCUUCAUCUUUCCGCUGGGUGUGAUCAUCGUCUGCUACUGCAAACUGCUCCGGAAGCUCAGAAAGGUGUCUAACACGCACGGCAGGCUGGGUAAUGCCAGGAAGCCGGAGCGUCAGGUGACUCGUAUGGUGGUUGUGAUGAUUGUGGCCUUCAUGGUGGCCUGGACUCCAUACGCUGCGUUCUCCAUCGUGGUCACAGUCCUUCCCAGCAUUCACCUGGACCCGCGGCUGGCAGCCGCUCCGGCGUUCUUCUCCAAAACCGCAGCGGUUUACAACCCCAUCAUCUAUGUCUUCAUGAACAAACAGUUCAGGAAGUGUCUGGUUCAGCUCUUGAGCUGCAGUGACGUCAGCGUCGUAGAGGGGAACAUCAACCAGACCACCGAGCGCGCAGGCAUGACCAAUGAGAGCAACACGGGAGAGAUGUCUGCCAUCGCCGCACACAUCCCCGCGGCUGGAACCGUCCCACUGAAAACAGAAGAGCCUCCCAAUGAACGCAGCUCCUUCACACAAAUUCCCAUUCCUGAGAACAAAGUCUGUCCGAUGUGAAGACACACCAACAUCUCUGUUUGUCACUCGUGUUCUCGGGCUGAAUGCGUAUUUUCUCUUGAAUGCUGGUCCAAACUUUAGUCUAAAUGACCUUCAUCCAGCAUUAAAUUCUGCAGCUCGUGCACAUGUUAAAAUUACAGGAAGACACUGAAACAUGCAGUGUUGGGGACGAAACUAUAAAACUAUAAAAACAAAAAGAAGGCUAAGGGGUGAUAUCUUUCAAAAUAUAUUUUUUUGUUUAGCAGCAGUUUCACAAAUUUGGAUGCAAAAAGUGAAAACUGAUAAAUUUGCAAUGCAAUUAUUAAUUUGCUACAGUUUAAGUAGUAACACUUUACUUGAGGCCUUU